UAUAUAUAUAUAUAUAUAUAUAUAUAUGUAUAUUAUUAAUUAUAUAUGGAUAAGUUUGCCCUUUAAUGUUUGUUCUGAUGCAUGUUGUUUGAGAAAUUUGCAAGGGUGGUAUGGUGGUGCUAAUGUCAGUAGUAGUUUGUACUUGUGUUGACAAACCAUAUGUAUACAGACAUUCGUCACGCUAGUUCCUAGUGUGUUGGCACGUGGGACCUUCUGGGAUGGUGCAUAAUGUGUAAUAAAUCUCAAUUAUCUGUCAGCUACCAUCCUAACAUCUCUUUGGAUAAUUAUCCUCUUGACAGACAUCAUGCAUUCUUCAUGUGUUCACGUGCAUGUGUGUCAGCUGGUCGCAUACUACUGUACCCUGAGCCUGUAAAACAAUAAGCACCAUUUGUAUAAGGCUGGUAAUUUGAACGUAUAGAUCCUUAAAGAAAUCCAAUGAGUGCUUUGCUGUAACACUAGCCACCCCCUUGUGAGGUCAGUGGGCCGUUUCAACCCAGUUCCCUGCCAAGAGUUCAGGGCCAGGAUUAUCCAGCUCGCUGGCUCAGAAUACCGUUACCCAGCACCCUGGCCUCCUGCAGACAUCAGGGAUGUUCCCUCCGUGCCCUCCCCUACCUGUGCCUCCCUCUCUCGCAUUGAAAAUUACCUGCCUUGGCAUUGACCUAAGCUGCUCCUGGUUGAUCUCGGCUUUGACAGUGGUCAGACAGGACAGGCAGUGUCCAGAAUGACAGCUUGAUCCUUCAAGGGUAUAAGGUUCACUGUCUGAAGUUUCCUUCUGUCUAAGAUAGUGUCAGUCUUGGAGCAUUGUUUGAGGACAAAAUGGACUUCUCUAAUUACUUAGAAUCUGUUCAAGUAAAUAUGCAGGUCUGCAAGAUUUUGUUUAGUUUUUUUUGUUUACUCACUGCAGAUGAAGCAUAGAUGUAGGCUAAGCCUGUCGUCUGUAUAUCCCUGUGUGCAUGCUUACUCUUGUAUGACUGUGUGUAAUGGGUUGGUGACAAGUAGCUUACUCACCUGAGGAGAGAAAUGGAAAUAGAAACAUGAUGCCACAGCCCCCUCUCUGCACACUACAAGGCCUACUCUGAUAGGGUUGAUAGAGUUUCAUUGUGUGACCGUGACUUCACAUGAAAGCCGAAAGCGACGGGUUGUUCGCCUGUCAUAUCAAAAUCUCAUUUUCACAAGUCUCGUGAGUAGUUACCGUGACGAAUGUGGUGUGUGCACUGUGCUCUCUCUCUCUGCACCCCCCACAGCCUCACUUUCCACAUAUUUUAUUUAAUAUUUUUUACUUUGCUGACACCUGAGCCUGGUGGGCUUGUUUGCAUGUUUCCGUGAGUCUGCUGAAAUAGUUUUUAGUAAACAUUCUUCAGGAUGGAUGCUCAGGGAAUACAAUAGAGGGGAAGACUGUUGAAAAUGGAUUUGCCUAUUAAUCAUUAGUUAAACGGUGUUUAACUACAAGGAGUAUGUGUGCAGCCAGACUCUUAUCUUUGUUUACUAUUUGUUUUUUAUUAAUUAGUGUCAGAUAUGAGCUUCGGCCAGGUAACCAAGAGCCACUAAAUCUGUUUGUUUGUUUCAAGCACACAGUUCAUUAGAUAACAACUUAAACCGUAUCUAAUCUACGUAACAGCAACCUAUUCCAUCUCCUUGAAUAGGGGAUGGACUAAUUACUGUGCUAUUGAGAUCAGGCAGUUCUUAGAAUGAGGUGCCCUGCUUCAAAGCACUCACGUAAUAUAUAUACUUGGUAUGGUUUUUCAGCUUUUAUAGUUUGUACGAUUGUAUACAUGUGUACCAUUUAAAGUUACCAAUGUGAUUGUUUUUGUCUGUAUGGAGAGUUAAUCACCAUAUACCUUCCUGGUUGAUUCUUAGAAUGGGCUUGCCUGUACCAGACGAUUCAGAGAAAGACACCCCAGUAGAGCCCUUCAGGGGUGUGGUUGAGGCUGGAGAGGAAGGCGAGGGCUGGGGCAGUGACAGCCAGCCGGAGGCCCUCACACCUCCAUCCACAGAUGGCAAGAGGAAAAAGAAAAGGAAAAAAAGAUGACUGUGGAUAAAUCUCAUCAACUGCAAGUAUGAGAGUGUGCGUCGGGCUGCCCACAAGUACAGACUGAGGGAGGCUGUGGAAGGGGAGGACUGGACCUUGUUCUGGACAGACUGCUCUGUCUCUCUAGAUCGGGUUAUGGAAAUGAAACGAUACCAGAAGAUCAACCAUUUCCCAGGCAUGAGUGAGAUCUGCAGGAAGGACUUGCUGGCCCGGAACAUGAACCGCAUGCUGAAGCUUUUCCCUAAAGACUACAACAUCUUCCCCCGCACCUGGUGCCUCCCAGCUGAUUACAGUGACUUUCAAGCCUACACCCGAGCCAAAAAGUACAAGACCUACAUCUGCAAGCCGGACUCUGGCUGCCAGGGCCGAGGCAUCUUCCUCACCAAGUCCAGCAAGGACAUCAAGCCAGGGGAGCACAUGAUCUGCCAGGUGUACAUCUCCCGGCCUUUCAUACUCGACGGUUACAAGUUUGACCUGCGGAUUUACGUCCUGGUGACCUCUUGUGACCCCUUCCGCAUCUUCAUGUACAAAGAGGGCCUGGCUCGCUUCUGCACCACCCAGUACAACGAGCCCACUAGCAGCAACUUGGAAGAUGUUUGCAUGCAUUUGACCAACUACGCCAUCAACAAACACAGUGAAAACUUUGUACGUGAUGAUGACACAGGUAGCAAAAGGAAACUGUCCACCUUCAGCAAGCACCUGGAGUCCAUGUGCUACAACACGGAGAAGAUGUGGGUGGACAUUGAGGACGUGAUCAUAAAGACUCUGAUCUCAGCUCACCCCAUCCUCAAGCACAACUACCACACCUGCUUCCCCAACCACGCCGCUGGCAGCGCCUGCUUUGAGAUCCUGGGCUUUGACGUGCUGCUGGAUCACAGGCUUAAGCCAUGGCUUCUGGAGGUAAACCACUCCCCCAGCUUCACCACGGACUCUCGGCUUGACCGGGAGGUGAAGGACGGGCUCCUGUACGACACGCUGGUGCUCAUCAACCUGGGCGCCUGUGACCGCCGCAAGAUCACCGAAGAGGAGAAACGCCGUGUCAAGGAGAGACUGCAGCAGAACCGCUCCAGAGAGGCCAGGAGUGAGGAGCUGCGUCAGUCCCAUGCUGCCAGUGUGGAGCAGAUGGAGAGGUACGAGGCCAAACACAUGGGGGGCUUCCAGCGCAUCUUCCCCCGCGAGGGUGGAGAGAAGUACGACAAAUACUUCAAGCACAGUAGCUCGCUCUUCCAGGAGACAGCAGCCUCCAAGGCCAGGGAGGAGUGUGCCAGGCAGCAGCUGCAGGAGCUGCGUCUGAAGCAUGAGCAGAAGGAGCGAGAUCAGAAAGGUGGUCGCAGGAAAGAGCUGCAGGGAGAGUCAGCCGGAGAGAAAGCUAAGCCCCGCAUACUACGUGCUCGCCUCUCCCACUCUAGUCACAACCCACAGCACCUCACUCUGAUGACGGUCCCCCCUCUCCCUCCCCGCGGGGGCAGGUCAUCGUCUGUGCUGGACCUAUCAGAGGACGAGGAGGUGGAGCGAUUCAGCGGGCUCCGCCAAAGGGAGAGCCUGCUCAGGGAUCUGGGCGUGGUCGAUCAAGUGUACCGGCUCCUCCAGGGCUCCCGUCCCCCACCGUGUCCGGUGGAGCAUCCCCACGAGCACCACCAUGAACCCCAGUACAAGUCCAGCAAGCACGACCUCCUGGCUGAGUUCUCGCGGCGGCAAAAGCAUCACUGUACGAUCAUCCAGCCGCCUGUGGCGCCGGGGGCCAAGCCCUGCCUGCAGUACGUCCAGUCCCAGGUCAUCCAGCAGCCGCCGCACUGGCCCUGGUACCCAGUGGAGAGGGGGGGCCACGUGGGCCUCCUGCACAGUGACCCCCCUUUCCUGCAGCACUACAGCCAGGAGGAGGACACCAUGCCGGGGGACCGCCGCUUCGCAGGGGACCUGAGGAAGACCAACAGCGUUCAGCGCAUGCCUUGGACAAUGGCAGGCCGCCAGGGCAGCAUGAGCUCGUCGUUCGCCGAGGUCCGUGCCCGAAUGGCCACCUCCCAGCUCGCCACGGGUCGCCUGCACUGCGCCCCCUUGCCCUGCGACGCCAAACACCUGCAGAACCUCUUCAUCAUCUCCACGGCCGCCCCUCUGGUCCCGCGCCCCGACCUCUCACACAGCCUCCGCCGGGGCUCCCGCAAAGUCCCACAGCGUGAGCAGGAACGCUAACACCACGCACCACACACACACACACACACACACACACACAAUACACCAGGCUGGGUACGGAGCGAAUGGACACAUUCUGCCAAGGGAGAGAUGAAAAUCCCCCUGAAGAAAGAGCUUCUGCUCUCUCGUCAUGGUAUGUUAAUACUCAGAUUUAGCAGAUAUUGUUCUUUUUGAGCAGAAUAUAACAUCAUUUUUACCCUUAAAAUAAGCUGUAGUGAGAUUCUUUUUUUUUUUUUUACUAAAAAUGAACUAAUGCACAAAACUUCAUUGCACAUGUGGGAAUGUGGGCCUUAUCAACUUUUCCAGUUCACUGAAGAGUUUUUUUUAUGUGAAUUUCACUUGGGUCUGUGAAGAGGGCAGAGUGAAUGUGAAUUACUUUUCAGACCAGCCUUUUGUGUGUGCUUCUUCUCUUACUCACUGCACAAACAUCCUUCAAAGCAUAUUACCUCACUUGGAGCCACUGGCAAUAAAACACUCAAAUAAAUCUCA